CUCAUUGCAGUGUUGUGCCAAAGAACUACCAGCAUAUCCUGGCCUUGGCAUUUGCUGUCAAGGAGAUCAAUGAGAACCCCAAGAUCUUACCAAAUAUCACCUUAGGAUUCCACAUCUAUGACAGUUACUUCAAUGAAAGGAUGACCUACCGGGCUGCUCUGAACCUUCCCUCCACAUUUAUACCCAACUACAAGUGCGACACCCAGAAACACCUGGUGGCAGUUAUUGGGGGACUGGACUUUGAUACCUCCCUCUACAUGGCAGACAUAUUGAGCAUCUACAAGAUUCCCCAGAGGAGCAGGCCAGUGGAACCUGCACUGGAGAGGAGAAACUGGAAAAUCUCCCUUCGUCUGGCUUUGAGAUGAGCAUAACAAGCCACAGCUACAGCAUCUAUAA